ACCAUUGUCAUCGUCAAUAAUUCUCCAUAAAUUCAUGGAAUAAAGUAAAUUUUCGGAUUCUUUGUUUGUUCAUAAUUCUCAUUUACAAAUUCUUCUCUAGAAUUAUACGAUUAAAUUGUAGAAUUUACUGUAACAAAAAUGGGAAAAAAUCAAGCGUACAAAGCGAUGCAAAUAUCUCGGCUUGGCUCGAGCUCCGCUGCGCCAGACGAGGUUGAAGAUGGCAUGGUGGAUGGUUCAUUUCAUUCACCAGAAUGGCAUGCUGCUCGUUUGGCAAGUCUCAAAACUUCUCAUACAAUUACGUGGGAGGAGUACAAAAAGAAGCAAAAGGAGGAAGAAAUGAGAAGGGGCGAGUUGGAAGCGGAUAAAGACAAGAUGAUGAGAGAGUAUAGGGCUCAGCUAGAUGCUGAAAGAUCACUUAAACUUGCACAAGGGAAAAAUCACUCCAGCAGCAAAUCCAAACGCAAAAGGGAUAAGAAAGACAGAGACUCAAAGAAACAUAGCAGCAAGAAGCGAAAGCGUUUGAAGAGAUCUUCAGAUUCUAGCUGUAGCUCCUCGUCUGAAAUAUCUAGCAGUGAUGAUGACGAGAGAGAGUCAAAGCGAUCAAAGUCGAGGUCGAGGCGGAGCAAGAAAGAGAAAAACCGGCGCUCAAGAUCAAAGCACUCGAGCAGUGAAAAUGAAGAAGUUGAAGGCCCUUUGCCUCUUUCCAGAUUCUUCGGGAGCGUGAAAAGUUGAUCUCUGCUCAAUAGCUACGUCUCGAUAUUUCCGUGUAAGAUACGCUCUUCCCUUCACUUAUUAAAUCUAUAAGUUGAAUCUGAUCAAGUUUUGCGACAUGCCUCUUUUAUAUGGACAAUCGUAUGCAAACUUAUAGAACAUUGUAAUAUUCCAUUGUUUUGUGGAUAUUGAGCCAUUGAAAGAAAAUUAAAAUUUUAACUGGAA